AUUAUAUUUUGGCACUAAUAUUACAUGUCACUGAUUUCUAUUGAGAUCUGUAGAUGCUUAUCCUCUUGCUCAUUAUCUGUCUUCAAUCAUUAUGCCACAUGCCACCAUUUUUAACAUUACAUAAUCUUGAAACAUGAAAACUUGUAAAGAAUUGUAUUAAUGCAAUUCAACUUCAACCAUAGUAGAGAUAAUAAUUAAUCAUGGAUGCUUCAAACUCUCCCUUGAGACUAGAACAUAUACCUUCCAAAGGUAAAGGCCUUAUAGCAACAAAACCUCUCAAAGCUGGCCAAAUUGUCCUCACUGAAUCCCCUCUUCUUCUCUACUCUGCUUCACCUCUCUUCUCUCAACCUUCUUAUUGUGACAAUUGCUUCAGAACCUUACCAACACAAACUAUUCCAUGUCCUUCUUGCUCUCAUUGCAAAUUCUGCAGCCAAAAAUGUCUCUAUAUUGCUCUCAACUCCUCUCACUCUUCUUGGUCAUGUCAAACACUCUCAUAUCUUCAAAAUAAAACUUCACCUUUAUCUACACAACCCUUUGAAAUCCAAGUUCAAGCUCGUUUCAUUGUUGCUGUUUACAAUCUUUUAAUGCAUAACCCUUCUCAUCUUAAUAUUUUGCUUUCUCUUCACGGUGAUCCAAAUGAAGCUAUACUUGAUUCUGCUAAGUUUCUUCAUUCUCUUGUUUCACCAUUUUGUCAAAAAAACAUGAUUUUUUCAGAUGAACUAGCUGCUAAACUCAUUGCUAAAGAAAGAAUCAAUUCUUUUUGCUUAAUGGAACCUUAUUCUCAAAAGGGUCCUCAAAGAUCCAUAAAGGGUUAUGGAAUUUAUCCAAAAGCUACUUUUUUUAACCAUGAUUGUAUUCCUAAUGCUUGCAGGUUUGAUUAUGUGGAUAGUAGUGAUGAAAAUAAUACUGACAUUGUUAUCAGGUUGAUUAAGGAUGUUGAUGUUGGAAGUGAGGUUUGCAUAAGCUAUUUUAGGAUUAAUAAGGAUUAUUCAUCAAGGAAGAGGAUUUUGAUGGAGGAUUAUGGUUUUGCUUGUGAGUGUGAUAGGUGCAAGAUUGAAGCUAAUUGGAAUGAUGAUGGAGAGAGUAAAAGUGAUUUGCCACAUGUGUGUUUUUUAUCUAAGUAUGUUUGUGAUAAGAAGAAUUGUGCAGGAACUAUGGCUCCUCUGCCUCCUAAAGAUGAUGAAGCUUCUAAUGUUCUUGAGUGUAACUUUUGUGGUAAUUUGAAAGUUGACAAUGCUACUUAGUCUUUUUUAAUUGAACUUAGCAAUUUUAAUUUAUGUUGUUUCUUUCUUUGAAGGACUUGUUUUGUUGGAAAUGUUUGUGGUAAUUUUUAAAGUUAUCAGUUAUUAUCUUUUUUUUCUUUCUGUGUUUACAUUUUGUUAGAAAUGUGUGUGUAGUGAUUGUACUUGAUUAGAGAAAGUAACAUAUUGCAAUUUUGUAUUGUACUUGAUUGUUUGAGAAAUGUCCUAACUUUUAUAGUAAUCAUAAUCAAUAUGAAAUUGUGUA